UCCUCGUGGCGGAUUCGAUCACAAGCCGGCGAACAACUACAGGGAUCCAACUGCUGCAGUCCUCGGUGCCAAACGGCUGGCGAUAGUUUCGAGCGAUGGAUUGAGGUCGAGUCAUUGCCUACCCUCAGAAUUAGCCCUCGCCUCUGCUCGAUCCGAGUACAGCAGCCAUCGGGACUUAGACGUCGAGAUCCAUAUCAAAAGUCGAUGAGUUCUACACCGGCCGCUGUGCCACAUGCACAGCCUGUCAGGAGCACCGGACUGCCCAACAGCGGAGCUCGAAGCAGCUUCAGGGUGCUUUCUCGCCCAACACCGGCAAUAGACACUAGGGAUCUACAUCAACGUAUCGAUCCUGGACGAGAGAAGAAUCUCAAUGGUCCCCUUAUCCAGCCAAGCGGAUUUGAUAUGCCAAAGCUGCAUGGCGGAGACCUCGUGACGUCGCCUUCCUCCGACCAAAUCCAAAACGCCGCCAGCUUCGGGAUCUUGUCCCCCACAGGCUCGCAACGCAGUUCGGGCGUUCCAGGUCUCAGCGACAGUAGAGGCACGACGAUCGAUUCCGUUUCGCCCACGCCGAUAUCGGCGCAUGGUCAGGAUUUGAGAGCGCUUGAUACCGCUCUGGGUCUCAAUUAUAAGCGAGAGCCAGUUGAAGUAGAAGAAGACGAGUCUGGCGACGAGAACGAUGAGAGCACGGGCAGUCAGACGCCGAGAAGGCGGGGUAGCGGACCGUUUGGGUUCGGUUUCAGCCUUACUCGCAGACCUUCGGACAAAGUCGAUACGCCAAGGCCGGUCGAUGCAACGGCCUUGCACGUCAUGAACAAUCAAAAGCUGGGAACACCGCGUCGACCCAGCCUCUUGACCCAGCAGAUACUCUCUUCUCCAGCUGUUCCUUUGGCGACCAAUACCACCGCGGCUUCAUCAGGUCGAGGCGAUGUCAGUCUUUCCAAACGGCCGAGCUUGAAAGACCGUGUCAAAGGCAGUCUGCUUGGGUCGGUCUCGGCAUCUAGGGAAUUCGCAAGUGCUCUAGCUACAGGUGAAAGCCAUCAACAGGUCUCGGGCACAUCAACGAGUCUCGAAGCACGGCGCGGUACGAGUCGCGUCCGCAAAGGCUCGUCAGGUACAUACAUGUCAUCCCGCCCGAGCUUUGACACGGAUGAUCAUCUGGAAGAGCUAGUCGAGGAUGGCCAACCAAGAGGAUCUCGGGGCAGACCCGGCCACGCCGCGAGGCGCAAGACAUACAAUGAGGGCAGCAGUCAAGAUGACAUGCGGUCUAACUAUACCUACGGAACCAGUGCCAGUGGUUGGGACCGCAGUAUGACCGGGCUGACCACCGAUGAUGACGAGGGAGUAAUCGAAACACAGGAUAUCAAUUUUACCAAGGAUGUUAGGACCGGGAGGAAAAUGAUCAACCAAUAUGUUAUUUUGCGUGAGAUCGGUCGUGGUCAACAUGGCCAAGUCCGUCUCGGCCAAGAUGUCACAGUGCUGGAGAAGUUGGAAAAGUCACGCAACGCUUCCAACGCGGCUGCAAUUGAUUCGCUCAAUCAAGUCGACCAGACCGGUCAUGCUCGUACUCUAUCUUGGGCCGAGAGUAUAUCGCCUGUUGCUGAGCCGGAAGGCAGUUCGGGACCAGGGACUACGCCGACGACCGGAUCAAGUGGUUACUGGGCCAUAAAGAUCAUGGAUCGCCAGCCGCGAAAGAAGCUGCCCGGCAUCAGGAAGUCGAGUGGGGCCUAUUCUAAUGGCCCGAACGAUGCCAAGCAGAUCACGGCCACAAAUGAAAAGCUUCGAAGGGAGAUCGCGAUAUUAAAGAAAUGCCGUCACCCUAAUGUGGUCAGACUUCGCGAGGUCAUCGACGCUCCGGCGUCGAAAAAGAUUUAUCUAGUCUUGGAAUACUGCGAGGGAGGAGAGGUGCGAUGGAAGACUGAUGAAGGUCAACCGCUUCUCACCCUUGAUCAAGCCCGAAGAACGAUACGAGACAUCGUAUUGGGCUUGGAGUAUCUCCACCACCAGGGUAUCAUACACAGAGAUAUUAAGCCGGCUAAUCUGCUUUACUCUGCAGACGGCGUCGUGAAAAUCUCCGAUUUCGGCGUGUCGCACUAUUCGCAUGUUCUGCGUGGUCAACAAGCCGGAGAUGAUGAUAUGUCGCCCGAGGAGGAUGACGAACUCGGUUUCGCCAACGAGCAUGACCUAGCGAAGACGGCAGGAUCGCCUGCGUUCUUCGCUCCCGAGCUUUGUUUCAGCGAUCUCGGACCUCCUAGUGGCGGAAACUCUCCCAUCCGCGAGGUCCCUACAUACAACUUUGGUCGCACGGGAUCGAUACCGGACGAUGGUCAUGGCAACAACAGGACAUCUACCAUUUCGGCGCAUUCUACAAGUAGUACCUUGCGACCUGACUCUCCAGCUAUCAGACGCGAGAGACCGCCUAUCACCGAGGCUAUCGAUAUAUGGGCCCUGGGAGUAACGCUAUAUUGCUUCCUCUUCGGAAGAGUCCCGUUCGAUUCGACCAGCGAGUUCCACUUGCUAUCGAUCAUUCCGGUCGAGGACUUCCCAGUGCCAGCCAAAAUGGGGGCUGAUCAGAUCGUCACAGGCGGACGUACCGGUUAUCUCAAGGGUCCCGGUCAUGGCAUCACGCAAGAGGCCUGCGAAGCGAUCGACCUGUUGUCGAAAUUGCUAGAGAAAGAUCCCGUCAAGCGGAUCACAUUGGCAGACGUGAAGAAACACCCAUUCACCCUACGCGGCCUGUCCGAUACCUCGGCAUGGCUAGCUAGUACCGAUCCCACGGCGGAAAAAUUCGUCACGGUAUCCAACGCGGAAGUGGCCGCUGCCGUGACAAAUUCGGGAUCUUUCCGUGACAAGUUUCGUAAAGGCAUGAAGAGCCUCUCGAACCGUCUCUUCGGAACUAGCGGGUCUGAGACAAAGAGGCGACCCCGAAGUCAAAGCAUCGUGCAUCUUGCUGACGUCGACGCGUCAACAAUGAAGGCAGAUGGCAGCAAUGCGAACGGCAAUGCAUAUCUGAGCAUCGGGUCUUUGAAUAGAUCGCAAUCCCGCUUUGCUUCGGGUUGGUCUCACCGUUUACCCUCGCCCUACUCAGAUGGGCAGGAGAAGCGUUCCCCGUCUCCGCUUCCUAACGGUUUGGCGAGGAGGUUCUCGGUGCUGGGUAGUAAAUCCAACCGCUCGCUCUCGCCACUACCGGGCUCGACGGAAAUACUCAACCUCAACGGGCUUUCUACAAGCAUCGUCGGUCCAUCGCGCGGCGAUACCGAUUCCUUGGGCCGGAGUGUUUCGGAUCGAUCUACAACCUCGUCGACAGGAUAUCUCCCUAUGGGGCGAAUGGGCCCUCUACGUCGGCAAUCGACGCACUUGGUGCCUCCGGUUGUGGGUAGUUUCGAACUUCAAGCUCAGCCCUCGCGCAAGGUGCUUUCGACAUCGAAUUCCGUCGAACGCUUGGACUCUAUCAACAACAAGCUGACAGCAGGUGAUGACGAUGUGUCGGCGACGAAUCCGGUUCACCGUCGAACAAGAGCUCUCAGCAACGCCAGCUCAGCAGCAGGGAAUGCCAGCACGAGCGGUCUGCACAACAAGCUCGCCAAGCUUCUGUCCCGUGGAACGAACGAGAAGAGCUCCAUGCCAGACCUUGUGCCUGCUGAUGCUCACGCAUCGGAGCAAGCGCUGCACCGACGAAACAGCGAGGUCGGAACACUGCAAUUUUCCAACAAUGUCGCCCGGCGCGAGAUACAGGCCGAUCCAGUCAUCCGAUCGCAUGCUAGCAGGGACACUCUAGCAUCGCAUACCGCUUUCCAGUCGAGGCCCUCUAGCCCUCUGCCUAGAGAUUCCCCGGGACGGCAGGCUCUAUCGAAUGGGCUAGACACGGCAGAUCAGCCUCCACCCGUUGACACCAAGCGCCAGCCUGCGGACAUGGAUUUCGAUAAAGCGGAUUGGGAAGGUGAUCUCUCCGAUGACGAGGACGACUACGGCGAGCCGGUGAGCUCAGUAUAUGGUCGGCCGGGUUUGCAUGGGUCCGUAGACGGUGUGCCCGGGCAUCCGGACGACUUGAACAGAGGGACUUGGGUGAUGAACGGAAGAGGUUGGCAACAUCGUGAGACAACGGGAACACUACUGCCGAGUGUCAUUCCUCGUGAUUCGAACAUGGAGACAAACGGGGACCUACAGAUGGACAUUGGGGCGAUCAUGCCUGAUUCUGGUUUCUCGCCUUCAGACGUACCCGCGACGAUAGCAGAGACCGAUGCCGAAGCAGAUGCGGAAAAUGCCGUCAGCGAUAAGACCAGGCUUUCAAUCAAUACCAACCAUAACACAUUGGCGAUCGGUAGUCGUUCACCCAUGUCGUCACCUAGACAAGCUUCCCACCCUGAUCACGAGCGGACGGUGAGGCAUUCGCCCGGAUCAGCCAAUCGCGCUCCCUCGCAGCAGCGAUGGCCCGAUCGACCACGCCUACCUUCAACGAACGAAAUGUUUGACGAUGCAGAAGAAGAUGACGACGAGGAUGACGGGUUGGAGAUCGAUGUUGGACUCAAAAGGGGAAGACGGUCCUCCAAACCGUUGACGCCAGCGAUGGAUCGUCGACCUUCAUUGCCACCUAUUUGAAUGGCGAAU